UAACAUACUUUUUAACUCUUCAUGGCACUCAUUCACAUAGUGAGGCAAAGACAGUAUUUUAAAAUGUGCUUAGAGUGUUGAUCACAAUCCCAUUAGAAGCCUAAUCUUUGCUAUCAGGGGUAUAACAUGCUUAAGUUUACUGAUCUUCACACAAUCAACUUAUAGAGGUUCUUUCUGGUGGAGAGACUACUAAAUGUGGCAACCUUUGAGUACUACCUGUACUUGAGGAAUCUGCCAUGAAGUCUGUUCUUAGAAGCCAGUAGCACUUCAAUUCUUACAAUCUAUUUGUUUUUCAGUGUUCAAUCUCCUGUCUAAGAUGGCUAAGGCCAGAUGAGCUACUGCCUGAAUGCUGAAUACCUAUGGUUUUUGCCACAUUGGCUGCUGCACCCCUCAGCCCAGCAGGUUACUUCUCUCUGCUAAAGGUCAGGGCUCUGUGGUGACUUACAGACCUGUCAGCUUCCUGUUCUUCCAAGGUUCUGGCCUCUCCUACAAGAAGAAACUGGUCUUGUAGGACAAACACCCUCCAGAUGUUGGUCCUACAAGGAUGUGGAUGGCAGCAUGGUACUGAUGGUUGGAAUGUGGGAGUCUCCUGAUGGAGAAAAGGGACACACACAGGCACAUCCCACCAAGAGCCUGCAGUAAUUUCUCUCCACCAGCAUGUUGUAUUCCACAGUUUUAUCUCAUCUUCUCCAGAUAACAGUGCAGGCAGCUGGUUCAUGGAGGGCAAAGCCUACAGCUGUAGCUGCAAGCAAACAGGCAAUGCUGGGGCUGUGCAGCUGCAAGGGCUUUGCAGUCCUGCCACUGAAUGUGGCUGCUGGUCAUUCCCAGCUGGAGCUCACAGGCUCUGGUGAUGCCAGUGAGAGCAGCUGCUCAGCUUAGGAAUAUUUUUUUCCUUGCCUUCAUGCCACUUUCACACAGCCACAAGUGUUUUUACUUAAAAUCUAUUUUGUAUUCACUCUUACUUCCUAAUUUUUGUUAUUUUUGACCCUCCUGAAAUACACACAUGACAAUAUUAUUUCUUUACUCUGACUGGAGGGAUGUGUCCUCCCUGAACCCCUGAAAGGUUACAAGGAGCCGAGCAACUGCAAUAAGCAAGGCAGGAUUCACUGCCUUCCUACAGCCUGCCCACAGAACCUCUUGGGCACUUCUGCAGGCAACACACAAUUCCCUGGGAGCACUCUCAGCUCUAGCCUGAUUAUUCAGUCUUGUUGGAGACCCUAUUGAGACAAAGCCUAUUGAGAACGGAAAAUCUCAUUUGUUUUUUAAAGAGACAGAGCUCAGGCCUCAAAGCCAUGACAUGACCUGUGAGGAGAUGGCUGGGAAGGAGCCCAAGCCUCUUUUCUGCCACUGUGAAGAGCACCACUGAAGUACUGUGAUAACUCAAGAUGAAAACAUUGCAGAAAUAUGCACAAAUAUUGUGGCACUCUUCCUCCAGGCUGCAAUUCCUCUCCCAGCCCAUUUUACUUUGUCAUUCUGAAACAAUAUAUAGCAUGUGGAAAACAUCUGCCCAUUACAUUCUUAGCUGCCCAUUUUUAAGAAUUUUUCCUUUCACAAAUUUUAAAAUAAUUGAAGCACAGACAGAAGGUUUAUCCAGUCAUGGCAGGUGCACCAGCAUGCAAAAAAUCCCCAAAAUCUGACCUCUGGUCUCCUUAAUAUCUCUGUGUUGCUGGACUUCAAUAUUGCAUUUACUGAAGCUCAUUAGAUUGUUAUCUGAUCCAGGAUAAUUCAAACAGGUCAUUAAUUUGAUUAUGAGUUUGACUGGCAACAUUCAAGCCCCUGAGAACUCUCCCCCAGGAUGUAGGAAUAUCUGCUUGUACUCUGGUUGACAAUUCACUUAUUUUCGUUCGCAUCUUUCUGGUUUCACACACUGAAAGAACCCCUUUCCCCACCUCACAAAAACCAACUCAUCUUUCUAUUGAAUCCCCUAUAAAAGUCAUGUAAGGAGGGGAUGUAAGGAUCGCUUUAAACCCUACACAAUCAGCCAUCAAAAGAGCAGUACUGCCCUGAGGAAAGAAUGGAGUGACUUCCUGUGGUGUCUGGGCCAGUAACUCAGCCCCAGAUGCACCUCCUUUUCAUCCUUUUCACCUUUUUAAUGUGUUGUUUGAUAAAAACCUCUCGAUGAUGCAUUAAACAUUUGGACUUCCAGGAAUAAAACCACAAACAAAGAGAAGCAGUGAGAGCGUCCUGACCUUCCAAAGAGCAGUCACAGUUUGUUGGAACAGGAAGGAAUGUAGGAAGUGUACGUGUUCAACACAAGAAGAGUCUCUAGGAAAGCACAAUUUUUAAAAGUUUUUUUUUAACUGUCAAGUCAAAAUGAAAGUGCAACGGACUUCCACAUGAGGGUGUGGUGUUUGAAGACAAAAUGCAAUGUGUCAGAGCAAUUCAGAUCACUUCACUGAGGCACAUCUCAGCUGCAGUACCUGCUACUCAUCUGCUGACAAAAGUUUUGCCACGGUCUGAGACAUGAAUAACUCAACAGAUUACUGGAUUGAGGAUGAGGAGGAUGACCUCAACCCUCUUAUAGAUUACAAUACCUAUGAGCUUCUCUGUGAAAAAGGUGAUGUGAGAAAUUUCAGAAAAUUAUUCCUCCCAGUGUUCUACGCAUUGGCCUUCACAAUUGGGGUGGCUGGAAACUCACUAGUGGUUGCAAUUUAUGCCUACUGCAAGAAACCCAAGACCAAGACGGACGUGUACAUCAUGCACCUCGCCAUCGCUGAUCUGCUCCUGCUCUUCACCCUCCCCUUCUGGGCUGCAAAUGCAGUGCAGGGAUGGGAACUUGGAAACCCCAUGUGCAAGCUCACUUCUUCUCUGUACACCAUGAAUUUCAGCUCCAGCAUGCUGUUCCUGGCCUGUAUCAGCGUGGAUAGGUACAGGGCCACUUCUGAAUCCCAGGGCCACAGAAGAGUGGGCAAACACUGCAGUGUUACCUGCCUCUGUGUCUGGCUGGCUGCCAUUUUCCUCAGUAUCCCAGAGCUGAUAUUUAAUCAAGUUAAGAAACACAACGAGAGCAACGAAUGCCUUCCCAUAUUUCCAAUGAACAUGGAAACACUCUUGAAAUCAACCAUUCAAAUCCUGGAAAUUAUCCUGGAAUUCCUUCUUCCUUUCCUAGUAAUGCUGAUCUGCUAUUCUGCUACUGCUCGGGCAAUCUUUAGGUCUGCAAAUGUUAAGAAGUCCAGGCCUUUCAAGGUGCUGCUGGCAGUAGUGGCUACUUUCAUUGUCACCCAGCUACCCUACAACAUUGUGAAGCUGUGGCGAGCCAUAGACAUCAUCUACAUGUUGGUGACAGACUGCCAGGCCAGUAAAACCAUGGAUGUGGCACUCCAGGUCACCAAGAGCAUCGCUCUGUUCCACGCCUGCCUCAACCCCCUCCUCUAUGCCUUCCUGGGUGCCUCUUUCAAAAUGCACAUCAUGAAAAUUGCAAAAAAUUACGGGUACUGGAGAAGGCAGAGGCAGAAUGGAAGACCUGAAGAAAUUUCUAUGAAUUAUGAAGACCCUACUGAAGAAACAAUCAGUUUCACUAUAUAGGCCCUCCAUUGCUUCCAUCAUCUUACAUAACCAAGGGAAUGGUUUACUAAUUCCAGGGGGUAUUGCUUCUAGAGCUGUUUCUCUGCAAGUCAGCUUUCAGAUGAAUUUCUGAACCUGCCAAGACAUCACAAAGCACUUUAAAGUGGAAUGUGUUUAUUGGAAUCAAGCAAGAACUGAAUACUGAAACCCCUAGAAACAACCCAAGAUAUUUACUAAACAACAACAUCAAAGAACUCAAAAAAAAAAGCACCACAACAAAACCCAAACACCUAAAAACACCCCCAAGAUUUAAAUUUCCAAGUGUCACAGUACUGGGCAAUUAAGCAACUAUGUAAUGAACAACCUGUACACAUCUAAGUAUGUGAUUAAAACAGAAAAAAAACGUCACCAAUCAAACAACAGGAAUCUUUGUACCAGAAGUUAAUAAUCUUGUGUUCCUCCAACUAUUUUAUAAAACUUUAGAACAUUUGCCUAACAGUUCAGCUCCAUUUCUCAACUAUCAUUCCAUAAAUAACUUUGCAGAAUGAAAUGAAGCAUAAGCUUAUGGCUGAGAAUUGAGAGGGAGAAAGAAGGGGGGAAAGCCAUUCUCUAUGUUUCUACAAAUAUAUACCAGCAACAACAUCCUCCACAAAAACACUCCAGCAACUCCUUUUCUAUAACUACAGAAAAAUGUUCUUUCAUCUCUUCUUUUCUGCUCACCCUAAGCUUCAACUAGUGCUUGAAAGGUGGCUGGCAUACUCUAGAUUUUUAUAAAUGUAAUAAAAAUUUCAGGUAAUCAUCAGAUACAAGGCUUGGAUUUUUUAUUUAGAAUUGCUAAAAUUAAUCAAGAACUACAAUAACUGCAUCUGCUAAAAUAUAUGAAGAUAUAAUAAAAUCUAAGAAUAGAAAAAGUA